GACAGGAGUUGCCUCUUUGAGUCGUCUUUAUGUUGUGCUAAUCGGGAUAAAUAUGUAUGGCUCGACACGGUGGAGUCCUCUGGCAUUUUCCACAGUUACACCCGACGUUUUCAAAAUAGGCGUCGUCGACAUCGCGGCUAGCUAACCAGAACAAGGCCGGUGUUUAUCGUUAAAAUGUCGCGGAGCGUCCAGUCCGGAGAGCUACCCGACCAGAACACGGGCUGCUACAGAAUCCCCCGGUUGAAGCGCGUCGGUUCGGUAUACCGAGACAAAUGUGACGUUUUUCAUGCUGGCAGAUGAGCCACAUAGAGGACAAAUGAAAGCCUCCCCAACAGAGAAACAAAGAUCACGUCAGCAGGCUGGACGACGACGGGCGUUUUUGUGCUGCUUGAAUGCGAUUAUCAUUCUGUCGAUUCAGUCUAUUUUUGGAAAUAAAACUUGCAAGCUGUACAUUAGCUGGCUUACUAAACCGACGACGGUAACCCAUAGGGCUCCAGUAGCAGGACAGCACCAGGGACUAGCUUGGUCUGCAUGCUAGGGCGGACUUCGGAGACAGAAUUUGAGCUCUAAAAUUGCACAAACUGUUCAAACAUGUCGGGAAACAUUGCUUUAUUUUGACAACCCUGAUCUAAUUCAAGAUUAAACUGCAAAUUUGGUGCUUUUGAGCUACUUAAAAACGCUAUUUUUUCGUCAGUACUGGUACUUCAGCUGUGUCGUAUUUUUAAAUGCAGCUAACGCCAACGGUCGGAUUUUUAUUUGAAUAUUAUGUACUUCUCAACUGGUAACGUUUGAAUUGACGGUUAAACGUUGGUGGUUUAACGGUCAUAUUUUCUAUAUUCAAGAAUGAGCGAUUUGUUAAUUAUUUUUACACAAAGUCACCAUUUGCAGCCUUUUUGCGAAAUAAAACGUCACUGUGUUAAUCGUUUUGGUUUGCAUUUGUUUGGAAAGGUCGACGUUGCUUCCCCUCACAUUUUUGCAGUAUUGUGUCCACUUUAAAAGGACAAAGCCUCCCUGCCUGUGGUAGCAGAACGCUCUCUGAAGAGAAAAUGUAGUCACUAUUGUUUGUUUUUUAAAUAAAUCACAAUAUUCUGCACUUCUAUGACCAUUUAGCAGGCUUCUUUGGUGAUUCAAAGUCAAAAUGGAGUCAAUUUAGAGAGCCUGUUUAGUACAGCAGCCCUGUCGUUCUUUGUUCUCCCUGAACUAAAGAUGGAGGCUGGACGUGGCUGUGUUGUAAAGACAGCCUAUGGCAUGGUAACAGCCAUUUUGUAGCAUUGCAGUUGCACUUACACAGGAACACAGCCUACAUUUCCACAUUAAUCAAACGCAGUAAAACAUAACAUACCAUUUAAGGACCCAUUUUAUUCAAAUUCUGACCUAACGACUAAAGGAAUUUAUACAUUUUCUGACACAUACUCUCUCACCAUGUGCUCCACAUUACCUAAAUAGGAGGUAAAACAACUAUAUUCAAAUAAACAACUUUAUAGACAUCCAAACAAUCAAUACAUUACUCUGCUGGAUCAAAUUAGUGCACAUGGGCUCAGCUUUGUCUCCCGUUUUAAAAAUGUACCACCAAGAUAGCUUGCAUACCUUUGCUGGCUGACACAAUAUAAAGCCAACACUUCUUUCAAUGUUGCAAAAACAACCAUUCAAGGUAUAAAGGAAGCAGGGUGGAGUUAUUUACACUCGAAUGGCCAUUUUCAGUCUGUGCAGACAGCCAAUGUGGGACAGCAGAGGAGGGUAAUGGGUGGGAGUUUGUGUGUCAGAUACAAACAUCUGUAGGAGGGGAUGAAGGCCAUCCUGCCUAUUACUUGCAUACAGAUCUACAACAACACUGAAUAACAUAUGUCUCCCUCUUCCUCUCCACUCCCCCAUUUCACACACCCAUCUCAUUCUUUUUACCUCACUCUCCAGCCCUCCCACAGCCUGUAUCUCACAUGUUUAAUUUUGUAAUCUUACUAAAUGCAGUUUCUCACCCUGCAGCCCAGGAAACAAAGGGUGUUAAAUGACUGAAUCAAUGGUUCCUGCUGGAAAUUUGUGUCAUGGAUGAUGAGGACGAUCGCCAUCUUCUGGAUAUUUUAGGAGAUGUGGAUGCACUGAAUGACUAUCUCCAUGGCAGCAACAGCAAGUCUAUUGAGGAGGAUGAUGUAACCAAUGCAGCCUAUGGGUCAGAUGGGUCCUUCUUUGCUAGUGACACGGCUGGCUCCAACUCCGGCCUCAAGGAUGGCUCUUCUACAAUGGGUGAAUUCGGCGAGGAUUCAACAGGGGCAGGCCUCCAGCUCUCCAGCAGCCUUUCAUUUAUCGAGGAUGAAUUGGGGUCCGGGAACUCCCCCGGAGGGGUGGAUCUCGGCGGGGAGGACCAGCCCUUUGACAUCCUACAGAAGUCUCUCAUGGAGGCCGACAUCACGGAGCAGACGUUGGCCCAGGAGGCCUUACUCGACUCCCAGCCAGCUCCCACUCUGGUGCAGGCUCCUGUUCCCUUCCAAUCCCAGCUGGUCUCUGGGGGUUACGGAGGGGGAGUGGGUGUAGUAACCACGGCGACAGCUGCGUUCCCCACAGGCCAGUUCCUGCAGGGGGUAUCCCCGCUGCCCAACGGCUCCGCCCAGCACAUCCAGGUGUUGGGCUCGUUCGGGGCCGGUGGUGGCGUUAUGACUCUCAGCAGCUUGGAGAGAACUCCUCAGCUCGUGCUGAGGCCGGGGGCGCCGGUAGGUGGAGCGGGGGCAGCAACAGGGGGGCAAGUGUUUGCCCCUACGCAAGGGCAGGUAGGCCAAGUCGGCUUACCUUUUAAAAACAUCCCCCUUCAAAACAUCAUCAUCCAGAGAGGCCCGGGAGGGACCCAGACUCUUGUCAGACCUAUCCAGCCUAAACCCCUUCAAGCCGGGGCUCAGACUGUCUACAGCCUUGGUCUCCAGCCCACCCCCAGCACCAUGGCCAGUGUAGUUAACGCUAACACGGCUUCUCCUGGGGGACAGUACACAGCCAACGGCUCCAUUGUAGUGCAGCCGCCCCUGGAGCAGCAACAAGCGCAGGCCCAGACAAACAUACCACCUGGACAGUUCCUGCUGCCCAGCUCUUUGGCUCUCACCCCGACCAACACCCUCCACAACGGCCCCGCUGACCCCAACUCAAAUGCCCUGAUUACAAAUCAGAAUGCUGUGCAGAUUAUCGCAGGGCAGAACUUCACGGCACCGCCAGGAGGCCAGCUCAUUUUGAAUCAGGGAGUAGUCAGUAGGAGUCAGGUCGGAGGGGGCGUGACUCAGACAUGGACCGGAGUUUCCUGUGCGAACGCGGCCCCUGUGCAGACGUCUGGCGCUCCAGGGCGGCUGACUCUGGUUGGCCCGGCAACAGCGGGGAUCGGUGGCCAAAGCCAAGUGUCGGCUAGCCCCGUCCAGCGCCUCCUAGUGACUCAAACUCAGAAUUGCACUUCUCUGUCCCCUUUAGCUGGUACUGUGACGCAGGAACAAGACUACAGACAGAACUCGUCAUCACCUGCCCUCAAACAUGUGCAGCUCAGCACCAUCCAUGCCAUGACUCAAGAUUCAAAGCUGAACUCUCAGGUCAGUGCCCAGAAGAGAACGGCCCUCCCGCCACUUACAAGAGGAGAAAUGAUUUUACAGCAGCUGAGGAAGGAUCACGCUGGAGUUCAGACAUCUGAUCGACGUCAAUUCAAUUCAGUCGACGAUGCACUACAAAGACUCCUCCCGUACCACGUAUUUCAGGGGGCCCCACCCAGCCAGGAGGAGUUCUCACAGGUGGAUGAAGAAUUUGAAGUAGUUGCAACUCAAGUGCUCAAGAGGACCCACGCCAUGGUGAACAAAUACAGACGGCUGCUCAUGGUGGAGGCUGAGCGCUUCAGUCCGUCAUCAGAAAUGGUGAUGAUCGACAGGACCUUCAACCAAGAGGAGCGCAGCAACCUGACACACGACAAACGCAUGGUACUAGUGGAUCCAGACGCCUUCUUGGAAGAGUUCUGUUGUGGGAUGAAGUCCAAACUUUUCAAAGAACCCCUCCCCUCUCAGCCGGCAUCCAGCUGUAGCUGGAACCCGACAGACAGAGGCUCCACGGAGCCACCGUACAGGACAGACUCCCAGCCCGGGUACGGAGACCCGGGAGGGGGUGGAGCUGAGGGAGCAGGUGUAGCAGACAGACUCCACCCUCCACUCUUAGAAAACAAGAGUGUCCUGGAACUGAAGAGAUCUCAGCAACACUACGGGCCAAGCAGCAGUUUCCCCCAAGGUAACCCCUCACCUUUAGCAGCGACGCUGAGAGGACAGACGCACUACGAGGUGUCCUCCCAGCCGGUCCAGCCCCAGUACCCCCCUCAGCUCACCUCGCCCCCUCUCGCAGACACAGACUCUGCCCUCGAGGCGGCAGUCAACAGCAUCUUGGAAUGUUAAGACUGACAUCAUCCCUCUUGUUUAGUUUCUUUUCUCUGUGUUGUCAAACUCUCCUUUUGUAAUAUUUGUUGUAUCCCCCUGUGUGAAGAGAGGCUAACUCUUCUUUCAGCUCUUUCAUCUUUGUGAUUACCAUCUCUGGCCAUGUAGCAUGUAUUUUUUUUUUAAGGGGAACAGGGAGGGGUUUUGAGGCAUGUGUGGAGUUUGAGACUCCACGUAAGUGCCAGGUGAAGGCAGGCACUUAAAACGACCUAUAAAGAUGCGGGAAUGUGUGCAAUGCAAUGUACUCACAGACAGAAAAAUGUUCUUGUUUUGUUUACUUCAUCAUUAUUUUCAAAGGGUCUGCAAAUUUCAGCAGCUUGACUGUAAGAGUGUCCCUCUCUUCACACAUAAUAUUUUGUGCCAGUUGAUUUCCCCCUAAGAACCUAUGCUGAAAAACAGGGACGAGGAGGAGGGACGAAGCGGCGACUCUGUGCCUAAAUCUAGGUUUUUUUUAAUUAUUUUGAAGUGUUUACAUGAAGGAGAUUCAACAAAAAAUAUCAGUUUGCUCAGUUCCUGCCUGCACAGUGCCCACACACACAUGCUUUACUAUGUGUUCAGUAGCCUCACAGUUCAGAGGUGUAGAUCUCCAGUAGGGACACAUUCACAUAGACAAAUUGCACUAAAUGUACCGUGGCUUUUUUCAGGAACUGUGUGGCUCUCUUUGUAAGCUCGGCUAAACAGAAUGUGAAUAUUUGGAACAAAACCAAAAUCUAUUCGUCUGCUUUCAGCUGCCUGCAACAAGGAUAACCUCUUAAUCACACUAGGAACCAGUCGAACUAGUCACAUAUAUAGUAGUGUUACUGUACUCAACAAUGGUUUUCUUCUCAUUAUGCUUAAGUCACAUUUUCUUUGGCAUUUCUUUUGUACCUUAAAGGUAUGCAAGCCCCGACACACACACACACACACACACACACACAGCCGGACAAAAUACUAGUUCUCAACCACUUUUUUAUCAUUUCAGUGUGUUUGUGUCAAGGGCAGCUUAGUCCUCAGAUUGAGGAAAAAUGUUAUGGUAUCGUUUUUUAAUUUAGAUUUGUAUUUCCUCAUUUUUUUCUUAUUUUUUAUUUAGAAAUUACAUUAAAAAAAAAUGAGUUUUUUCAUUUGUCGUGAUGUGUUCCCCGGCUCUGUGAAGAUGGUUGAAAUGAUCCCACAGGUUCAUUGAUUGUAUGUUUGUCUGCCUUCUGCAUAUAAUUAUAUACGGAUCAUAUCUAUGCUUUAGUAC